CGUGCGCACGCGCGGCCCCGCCCCCGUCUCCCCGGCGCUCGGAGCCCGAGUCCGCGGGAAGAUGGCGGCCCCGCUCAUCCCGCUCUCUCAGCAGAUUCCCACUGGAAAUCCAUUAUAUGAAUCCUAUUAUAAGCAGGUAGACCCGGCAUACACAGGGCGAGUUGGGGCGAGCGAAGCUGCGCUUUUUCUAAAGAAGUCCGGGCUCUCAGACAUUAUUCUUGGGAAGAUAUGGGACUUGGCCGACCCAGAAGGUAAAGGGUUCUUGGACAAACAGGGUUUCUAUGUUGCACUGAGACUAGUGGCCUGUGCACAGAGUGGCCACGAAGUUACCUUGAGCAAUCUGAGUUUGAACAUGCCGCCACCUAAAUUCCAUGACACCAGCAGCCCUCUGAUGGUCACACCACCCUCUGCGGAGGCCCAUUGGGCUGUGAGGGUGGAAGAAAAGGCAAAAUUCGAUGGAAUUUUUGAAAGCCUCUUACCCAUCAAUGGUUUGCUCUCUGGAGACAAAGUCAAGCCAGUCCUUAUGAACUCAAAGCUGCCUCUUGAUGUCCUGGGCCGGGUCUGGGACCUCAGUGACAUCGACAAGGAUGGGCACCUGGACAGGGAUGAGUUUGCUGUGGCGAUGCACUUGGUGUACCGAGCCCUCGAGAAGGAGCCUGUGCCCUCUGUCCUGCCCCCGUCCCUCAUCCCACCUUCCAAGAGGAAGAAGACGGUCUUCCCAGGUGCUGUGCCUGUCCUGCCCGCCAGCCCCCCGCCGAAAGACAGCCUCCGUUCCACACCUUCCCACGGCAGCGUCAGUAGCCUGAACAGCACGGGAAGCUUGUCUCCCAAGCACAGCAUCAAGCAAACACAGCCCACGGUGAGCUGGGUGGUGCCGGUUGCAGAUAAGAUGCGAUUUGACGAGAUAUUCCUGAAGACCGACCUAGACCUGGAUGGCUAUGUGAGCGGCCAGGAGGUGAAGGAGAUCUUCAUGCACUCUGGCCUCAACCAGAACCUUCUAGCACACAUAUGGGCCCUGGCUGAUACGAGGCAAACGGGGAAGUUAAGUAAAGACCAGUUUGCAUUAGCUAUGUACUUCAUUCAGCAGAAGGUCAGUAAAGGCAUCGACCCCCCUCAAGUCCUGUCACCGGACAUGGUCCCGCCCUCAGAGAGAGGCACUCCCAUCCCGGACGGUUCAAGUUCUCUUGGAUCAGGAGAAUUUACUGGUGUGAAGGAACUUGAUGAUAUCAGUCAAGAGAUUGCCCAGUUACAAAGAGAGAAGUACUCCCUGGAACAAGACAUUAGAGAAAAGGAAGAGGCAAUCAGACAGAAAAGCAACGAAGUACAGGAGUUACAAAAUGAUUUAGACCGGGAAACAAGCAGUUUGCAAGAGCUAGAAGCUCAGAAACAGGACGCCCAAGACCGCCUUGAUGAAAUGGAUCAGCAGAAGGCCAAGCUCCGAGACAUGCUAAGCGACGUGAGGCAGAAGUGCCAGGACGAGACUCAGAUGAUUUCCUCAUUGAAGACCCAAAUCCAGUCUCAAGAAUCUGACCUCAAGUCCCAGGAAGAUGACUUGAACCGGGCCAAGUCUGAGCUGAACCGAUUGCAGCAGGAAGAAACCCAGCUGGAGCAGAGCAUUCAGGCCGGGAAAGUUCAGCUGGAAACCAUCAUCAAGUCCCUGAAAUCGACACAAGACGAAAUCAACCAGGCAAGAAACAAGCUUUCCCAGCUGCACGAGAGCCACCAGGAAGCCCACAGGACCCUGGAGCAGUACGACGAGGCACUCGACGGGGCCCACGGCGCCAGCCUGACCAACUUAGCCGACCUGAGCGAGGGGGUCUCCCUGACAGAGAGGGGCGGUUUUGGAGCCAUGGACGAUCCUUUCAAAAAUAAAGCCUUGUUAUUUAGCAACAAUGCCCAAGAGUUGCAUCCGGAUCCUUUCCAGGCCGAAGACCCCUUCAAAUCCGACCCAUUUAAAGGAGCUGAUCCCUUCAAAGGUGACCCAUUCCAGAAUGACCCCUUCGCAGAACAACAGACAGCUUCGGCAGAUCCAUUUGGAGGGGAUCCUUUCAAAGAAAGCGACCCAUUCCGUGGCUCUGCACCUGACGACUUCUUUAAGAAACAGACAAAGAAUGACCCAUUUACCUCAGACCCAUUCACGAAAAACCCUUCCUUACCCUCAAAGCUCGACCCCUUUGAAUCCAGUGAUCCUUUUUCGUCCUCCAGUGUCUCCUCAAAAGGAUCAGGUCCCUUUGGAACCUUAGAUCCCUUCGGAAGUGGGUCCUUCAAUAAUGCUGAGGGCUUUGCCGACUUCAGCCAGAUGUCCAAGCCCCCAACUUCUGGUCCUUUCACCUCCUCCUUUGGAGGGGCAGGAUUCUCAGAUGACCCCUUUAAAAGUAAACAGGACACUCCCGCUCUGCCUCCGAAGAAACCUGCUCCUCCACGGCCUAAACCGCCCAGUGAAGCAAUGGCUGAUCAGAAAAACUCUGCGCUGUACACACUGCUGGGUGGUAAAAGUACACCUGUAAGCCAGCUUGGUUCUGCAGACUUUCCCGAGCCCCCUGAUCCAUUCCAGCCACUCGGGGCUGACAGCAGUGACCCGUUCCAAAAUAAAAAGGGGUUUGGGGACCCGUUUAGUGGAAAAGAUCCAUUUGCUCCCUCCUCUUCAGCUAAACCUUCUAAAGCCUCUUCCUUGGGCUUUGCAGACUUCACCUCUUUUGGCAAUGAGGAGCAGCAGCUGGCCUGGGCCAAGCGGGAGAGCGAGAAGGCAGAGCAGGAGAGGCUGGCGCGGCUGCGGCGGCAGGAGCAGGAGGACCUGGAGCUGGCCAUCGCGCUCAGCAAGGCUGACAUGCCUGCCGCCUAGGCGCCCGGCACCGGCCACCAGCGCACGGGGGGACGGCCCCAGGGGCGGUUCUGCGGAAGGAGAAAACUCCAGCCUGUCUGCACACACACACACACACACACACACACACACACACACACUCACACACAGACACUCACACACACACUCAGCGGUCCCCGUUCACGUUGUGACCUGUCACAGCCACUGUUAAGUCAAGGACUCGCUGGUCAGAGGGCCUUGGGCUCUGGGGGCUUGCCUGGCAGAGAGGCCCGGAGAGGCGCCGCUGUCGCAGAUCCUGCUCUCCGCGGUGAUGUCCCCGUCGAGUGACAGCACCGGCUCUUCCUCCAUUUGCAGCACAGGACGAGGCGAGGAACCGCGGUGCCUCCUCGCCUCUCAUCUCCUCGUACCGGCGCCCGGGCGCUCCCACCCCCGUGUCUCCUCGACCCCCCCUUCCGAGACAGACAUCUGGGCGAUGUAUGCAUUCGUUGUAUAAAAUUAAGUUUGAAUGAUUAAUAUAAAAUAUUUUAAUACAAAACAAU